AAUGAUGCAGUUUUCUCGGUGAUAGCGUGAAAAACUGGUUUGGCGACGGGUUUUGAAACCCGAAAAGCUUCCCAAAUCCGACCCGGAAAACGGGUUUCGGUUAAAAUGGUCGGUACAACCACCACCAACAGCUACUAGAGAAAGACGAGUCUACUUUUUGUUCCCUAAGCAAGACGGGAAGACUUCGCUUUCUAACUGUUUCACUUUCUUUUCUUCCAAACAAGUCUCGCAGUAGCAGUGUUUCAGACCACCAAACGAAGUGACAGACUCUCUCUCUCUCUCUCUCUCUGAACGAUUAAAAAAAAUAACAGAUUUCUCUGUUUUCCGAGGCCUGUGCAUGGAAAUUUGGAAUUUAUCGAUUCCCCCAAAGCUUGCUCUUAUAUAAACUAUAGAAAAGCGGCAUUUGUACGCUAUAUUCCAUUUCCAUCCUAUAGUUUCCUCUCUCUCUCUCUCUGUGGUUCCAAACGCUAUCGUUUCUCCGACUGGUUUCCUGAACGAUCAAAAUCUCAGCUGAUUUUUAUAACGUCUUCGUUUCUGUUUCUUUCUCCCUCAAGUUUCAUUGCCAAAACCGGCGAGGAUAGGAGAGACUUGGGCAUUGGCCGCCAGCUUUGCAUACUGAGAGGACUGGAUUUGGAUUUGGAAGAAGAGAAAUGAGUACAAAACUUUUAGAAAUUCAACCGAAGGAACUCAAAUUCACGGUUGAAUUGAAAAAGCAUAGCUCGUGCUCUGUUCGACUUGUCAAUAACACUGAACACUCUGUUGCUUUUAAGGUUAAAACUACAUCACCUAAGAAGUAUAGUGUGCGUCCAAAUGUAGGCAUUGUUUUGCCAAAGUCAACCUAUGAUUUUACAGUUACAAUGCAAGCUCAACGGACAGCUCCACUUGAUAUGGAGUGCAAAGACAAGUUCUUGAUCCAAAGCACAAUAGUUCCUUUGGGAACAACUGAUGAGCACAUCAUGUCUAGCAUGUUCACUAAAGAUGGUGGGAAGUACAUCGAAGAGAACAAACUGAGAGUGAUGCUCGUUUGCCCACCCGAUUCACCGCCAUUAUCACCAAUUAAUAGAGUAACAAAACAGGGGCUGGAUCAUGAAGAUUCGCAGCUGGAAAAUCAAGCUUUGGGUAGAGUUGAAACACUGAAAAUGGUUGCUGUGGCUGUAGACGAGUCUGAAUUGGUUAAUGACGAGGUGCAAAAGCAAGAAAAUGAUGUGGAGUUGAAAACAGUGAAGGAUGCAGAACAGAAGCCAGCGAAGGUUGCAGAACUGAAGCCUGCAAAGGAUCUAGAAUAUGAACCAGAAAAGGAUGCAGAAUUUGAUCUGGCAGAAGAUGAGAUGUUAAACUCUGUAAAGAUUGUAGAGGAUUUGAAUAUAGUUAAAGAUAUUGAGGAGAUGAAGUCAAAAUUAGAAUUUCUUGGAUCGAAGCUAAGGGAGGCUGAAGAUACUAUUUAUAAGCUAACAGAGGAGAGGAAAUCAAGCAUUCAAGAUAUAGAAGCCUUGAAGGAGAAACUCGCAGAGUUGAGCAGAACAGGAAUAAAGAGAAUUCAAGUCGGGUUUCCUCUUCUAUUUGUUUGUAUGGUGGCACUUAUCAGUGUUUUGGUUGGAUACCUUUUACACCCUUAAGCACUGCACAAAGCUUUAACAAUAUAUUUGAUAGUUAGAGGUAUAAUGUACACGAAUCCCUUCCCUUCCCCCAUAAUAAAUCUUCUGGGGAGGUAUUUUAGUCAUGUUCAAUCUAGCUAGUCAGUUUUACUCAGAAAUCAGAAUGGAUUAUAAACAUGUCUCCUGUAUACAUUUUCUUUGGUUUUCAAAGUAAAUGUGUGUGAAUGAACCCCCUUGCUUUGAUCAACA